GACGGUUCUGACGUAUCAGUGGACGUAUCACGGUUAAUGGGUUGCAUGAUGGCUGUCGGGAAGAGUAUCCAAUUAAUCAUCGUCAUCCUUUCUUCGACGUCCGUCAUUUCGCACUCUCGCGUGCCCGAAGCCACAGGAAGAAGAUUAUUCGGCGGAUACAGGAUAGUGCCGAAAGCAUGCCAGCCGACGAUCCCGUCGCAAAUCAGGUCGAGCGAGCCGGCGAUAUGCAUGUUCAACUACGAAUGUUCCCGCCGGAACGGACAAGUUGUCGGCGCUUGCAUGGACGGCUUCCUCUUCGGCGCGUGCUGUCAGCUCCCGUUGAAGACUUCGGCAGCCGACAAUCUCGAGAAGAUACCCACAACCGAUGAAAUAUUCAACGUGCACGAGAUCGAUCACGUCCCGGAUAUUCCUAUCCUACUAAAUUCAGAUGGGACGCCCCUUGGAAUGACGAUAUCUCAAACCAGCGACGUAAAAACCGAACCUCCCGCCGUCUGGAAUCACCAAAAUAACCAAGGGACCGCGUACACAAAAAUUUCAACUUUCGACGCGCCAUCGACCACGGUUAAACCAAGUUCUAGUAUGAACCACUUCAUGGACAGUAUCGAAAACGCAGAGAAACCGCAAUUGCCUGCCCAGCCUGACAUAAGUCACUUGGAGGAAGAUUUCCCGGCUCUGCUGGGUCAACAGAACGUCUUGGACGACCUGAGUCUUCCCAAUUUGUUGACCCACUCCGACUCCAACAACGACAUUCAGAGUCAUCAAGAUAGCUCAGCCGUGAAUCCAGUUACCACUCUGCUCAGUCCCGACCAGGUACUACAGAUAGCCGAUCCUGUCGAUCAGCUGCCAGCUUUGUUUUCGCACGGACUAGGUCAGAGCGAUCACGGAUCCGCCGACACGAUAUUGUUGAACGAGAAUGGAACCGCGCUGAACGAGACGCACAACCCCGACGAACUGUUCAGGCCAAACGUGGAGUCGAGCACCGAGAGAAAACGAAUCACCGAGGCUCCGACCACUCAGAAACCAAAGCCGAUCGAAAACGCGACUUUCGUAGGAACCAGGAAGAAGCCACAGCACGGUAGCACCUAUCACAGCGGUUCGGCGUCGCAAUGGGUGAAGUUCCCGGAUCAUUCUGGAUCCUCCAAGCCGAUAUCUUCCAACUUCGACGGGGAGAAAUUCAGCACGUCGUCGAUGACGAAAAGACCAGUUGCCACGCAGAUGUACGCCAACACGCAAAGACUUACGACUGCUCCUCCGUUUUCAGAAAUGACGAUCGAUGAUUUCGAGAAGUUCGGCGCGGUAGAGGAGAGAGUAUCGACGAAAAAUGUAGAGGCUCUCGGUUCGCUGGACGAAAAGACAACCACGCCUAUGACUACUCUGAGCGACAAGAAAGACGAUCUGAUUAGGGUACCGACGAUCACCUACGACACACCGUCCGGUAUCAAGAAGGACGACCAGGUAGAUAAAGAGGAAGUGGCGAUCAACCACAUCAUCUCUAUUCUCAACGAUACGAAACCCGGCUCGGGCACCACCAUACAAACCCCGAAUUCGUCUAUCAACAAAUGGGUCAGCAUCGACGAAACCUCAAAACCGUCCUUGGUCAGAAUUUCGUCGACGAAACCACCCGUUCCUGGACCUACCACUGCUCAAUCCUUCCCUUACAUAUUCUACAAACCAUUGCAAACGUCCAACUAUUACAACUACGAGACGGUUCCCACGGAAACAACGUAUGCUUCGUACUCGACGUCCAACUCCCAUUCUUCGAGACCGUCGACCCAGUCGAGUUUUCCCAGCACCAACAGUUACGGUUACUCGACGAAGACGACUACGAACCCUCCGGCGCCGACGUUGAUAGUCCUAGGUCUACCCGAAACGGAAUUUGCUACCGAAAAUACGCCACAGAAAACAGUCACGAGGAAACCGUCGGAGCCUGUUAGACCCACGGCUGGAUCGGCAAGGCCCGGACCUCUAACCACGAAGAAGCCCAGCGUUUCCACGACCAUAACUCACAACAUCAGCACGGUAAUUUCGAAUGUGGCCACCAACAACGUCGUCUCAACGAGCUUCUUCAGCGUGAACGUGAAGGAUGGCACGACGUCCAAGCCAACCGUGAACAACAAGUACAGCACCGAGACUAUCGUCGCUGAGGAAAACUUUCAGCAGAUGACGAACAGCCCCGAGAAAGUGACGACGCGGAGACCUACCAUCUGGACCACUUUGGCACCGUGGUCGGACAAACCGAGCUUCUACUUGAAACCAUCCACGUCCUCGUUCUUCUUUCCAAACGAGAAUCUGACGCCAGUGAACACUGUUGUCGUCGACAGAGAUCCUAGCUUCACGACUACGUCAGUUUUCAGACCGACCACGCCUGCUCCGCACUGCGAAGACGACACACCCGCGCCGGACGACUUGAUUAAUUUCCCACCUGUUCGGAAUCCGAAUCUGAACCUCUCCGCUCCUACCUCGCAACAGGAGAAACCGACCAUUAUCGAGAACUUUAACAACACCGGCUAUCCGGACAUCGAGAUCGUGGGCGAGGACGAUAUUCCGACGCCUACCUUCAUCGAGGACGACGUUCUGACGAAUAAAGUCGACACGUUCGUCAACAAGAUCGUGCAAUCGCUGCAAGGCAACUUUCAGGACCUCAAAGAUGUCGUUUACAAUCGCGUGAACACGACGUCAGUAACGCCAACCAGUGUAACGAGGAGACCAACGACCACUACCAAAAAACCCGUGCGAAGACCAGCGUCAACGUCGAAGCCUUCUCUCAGCACAACGCGGAGACCAGCGACUACGAAGAGGCCAACGAAUCGUCCGACACCGUUGAAACCGUUGGUGACGGAGAAACCAGGUCGUCCAUCGAAACCGACCACUCUGAAACCGAGACCAACCUCGUCUAGCAUCACUACGAAGAAACCCCAAGUCACAACGAAACGUACUAGACCGACCAAAAGGCCCACCACAACGCCAGCUACCAGCACGGAAGCAAUAGUCGUCGAAGAAGAAGAAACUAGUCCUUCCACCACGGUCGAAACUAUCACGGGCUCGACUCCAUCUUCCACUGACUUGCGAUCGCAAUGUGGCAUAAGACCUCUGAUCAGGGAAGGCAAAAUAGUUGGCGGCAAAGCGGCGGCGUUUGGCAAAUGGCCGUGGCAAGUUUUGAUUCGCGAGGCUACUUGGCUCGGUCUGUUCACGAAAAACAAGUGCGGCGGGGUCCUCAUCACGGACAAAUACGUCGUAACAGCUGCUCACUGUCAACCAGGGUUCCUAGCAACCCUCGUGGCCGUUUUCGGGGAAUUCGAUUUGUCCAGCGAAUUGGAAAAGAAACGCAGCGUGACGAGAAACGUUCGACGAGUGAUCGUCAACAGAGGUUACGAUCCUGCGACGUUUGAAAACGACCUGGCGCUUCUGGAAUUGGAAUCGCCGGUGCAAUUCGACGAACACAUCGUGCCGAUUUGCAUGCCCGAAGAUGGCAUAGAUUAUACUGGAAGAAUGGCCACGGUUACGGGUUGGGGACGAUUGACGUACAAUGGCGGAGUACCAUCCAUGCUGCAGGAAGUCCAGGUGCCCAUAAUAAAGAAUUCCGUUUGUCAGGAAAUGUUCCAGUCAGGCGGACAUUCCAAGCUAAUCCUCGACAGUUUCUUGUGCGCUGGUUACGCUACUGGCGAGAGAGAUUCUUGCGAGGGUGACAGCGGCGGACCAUUGGUAAUGCAACGACCAGAUGGAAGAUGGUUUUUGGUAGGCACUGUAUCGCAUGGAAUAAAGUGCGCCGCACCCUAUCUACCUGGUGUCUACAUGAGGACGACUUUCUUCAAACCUUGGCUACAAGGUGUCACCGGGCUCAAAGGAUCAGGGAACUAAUGGUCCCCGGGCAACGCGACGUGGCAUCGACGAUACCGUGCCACUUGUAUAAAUGUACAAAGGAAGACUAAUUUAUUUCCUUCGAUGUAGAUUGAGGUAUAUCGAUUAAGAGACUAAAAACAAACGAACACGAAUGUAUCUCGAAUACUAUUCGGAACUUUAAAUAAUAUCCUUGGAUGUCGAAUUCGGAAAAUAUAAUCCACAAGAUGUCCGCAAAGUAUACUGCUGUUCGAAUUCUGUGUCGAGAUAACUUCUAUCUUCGAUAAAAUUUUAUUAUUCUAUGUGAAUUUUAAAGGAUUCGUGUUACUCAGUGGAUAUAGGAGCAAUAAACGUUGCAUCCUUGACACGAAAAUGAUUACUUUAAUUCAUUUCAUUGCUUGCAUCGAGAUCUUUCGAAUACUAUUAUAGGAAUGUUUUCAAUUUACUAUUGAGCACUAUUAUAGCAAUAACCAAAUUAAGAAUGUUAGAAAAUUCAGAUGCUGUAAUCAAGAAUCCUGAUAGAAAUGUUAGAUUUAAAUGUAUUUUCACGUUUUUGUUACUCUUUUCGACGUACUAAAAUCUGUAAUUAUAACUGCAAUAUUUGAUAACAUUUUAAUAAUAAUCAAUAUAAUUUCUUUCGAUCCUGCAACGAGUUGAUGAUUCAAUUUAGAUUUGCAUACAUUGCAACAUUGAGUGACUGUUCCAAGAAUUUAGAAAAGAGAAAAAACAAAAGGACGAAAAAAGGAUACUUGUCGAUCAUUUAAACUUCGAAAUAGUAUCGUGAUCAAUAAUUUUGAACAUUCUUAUCGAUAUACGAGAAACUAAUGCGUAUUUACAUGUGUAUCCAGGCAUUGAACGUGUUGUGUGUUUCGUGUACAUAUACUCGAGUACGCCUCAGGCGCACUAUACAUAUGUAUGCAAUUACGCGUUGCGAGUUGCUUAUUUAUUUCGUUGUUAGCUGUUAUUUAUUAAACUCAUUUUUAUACG